AUGCGAAGAGAUAAAUUAAACGAGCAGUUCCAGGACUUGGGAAAUGCACUUGAUCCAGACCGUCCCAGGAACGAUAAGGCAACUAUACUUGGUGACACAAUCCAGAUGCUGAAAGAUUUGACUACUCAGGUGAACAAGCUGAAAGCUGAAUACACGUCACUUUCCGAAGAAGCGUGUGAGUUAACACAAGAAAAGAAUGAGCUUAGAGAUGAGAAAGCUUCACUGAAAUCUGAGGUUGAUAAUUUGAAUAACCAGUAUCAGCAACGAAUGCGGGUGCUAUACCCAUGGGCUGGAAUGGAGCCUUCUGUUGUCAUGGGGCCACCUCCAGCAUAUCCCUACCCAGUCCCAGUUCCCAUACCCUCUGGUGCUGUACCCAUGCAUCCGCAGUUGCAAACAUACCCCUUCUUCCACAGUCAAACUUCUGGAACCAUCCCAAAUGCAUGCAUCCCUUACAUGGCAUAUACACAACCCUGCCAUCCUCCCACUGAUCAGCCAUCUAACCAACUUAAUACUCCAGUUGCCCAUUCAAGUAGUCAUAGGUCUAACUCUCCAGCACAAGGCUGUAGAAGCAAGUCAUCUACAUUGCAGCAACCAAGCUGCGGAGUGAGAAGCAGUGAUGUUGGUGAUAUUGCUACUGAUCUGGAAUUGAAGACUCCUGGUUCUUCAUGUCAAUCACACGCAGAGAUUGCUAACAAUGAUUCCUCUUCGGAUUUGAAAACAAAGAAGUAUUGCAUAAAGCAAAUUAAUGGUUUCACUCUCACUGAAAGCAGUAGUUCAAGCAGAUGCUCUUCCAGUGGGCCCCCAGACGUUUCUAAUAGUGCUGUUGAUGAAUAA